UUUAAUCCUGUGACGGGUGCAACAACAAAACCCUCCAGUGCGUCACAUGGAGUUGUUACCUCAACACCUUCUAUACAGACUACAACAGAAUUUACCACAGUUAAAACAUCCCUUGAGCCAGUCACAGCUACUUUACCUGUGAUAACACUGACAACACCAAAGGUAACAGGGGAGUCUACAACCAUUUUCAGCACAGCAUAUACAACAUUGAUUGGUCCCAUUACAAAGACUCUCGCUAACAUUACUGGCACAACACCACAAACAACAACAGAGACAAUUAAAGAGACAACUACAACCUCGGAACCACUGACAACAACACCCACUACUGUAACCACAACAACUACUAAACCACCAAGAGUUGAGACAACUUUGGGGACAACAACAACAGGUUUCACAACAGUUUCAACAACUUUGGAGACAUCUAUUGCUCCACUGACUCAAACACUGCCACACAUCACCGGAACAUUACCUCCAACAACAUCGGGACCUUGUUCCUGCAUAGUAAAUGGAACCAGUUAUCUUCCAGGGUCCAGUGUGUACAAUGUGACUGAUGGAAUGGGAUGGUGCUACAUAGCUUACUGCAAUGGAACAUGUAAUGUGGUAAAGGAGUCAAAACCUUGUGGCUCUACUCCAUCUCCCACCACUAUUUCAUCCACCACUGUUGUAAGGACCACAGUGAGCCCAACAACAACUGUUUACACAACAUAUUCCUCCUCAAUAUCUGCUUCAACAACCACUCCUGCAACCACCACGUUUGAGCCAGAUUGCAACACACUUGUGCCACCAAGAAAGAACGGUGAAUCUUGGCAGAUGAAUAGUUGCACAAAUGCAACAUGUGAAAAUGGAAAGGUUGUGUAUACAUCAGUUCAGUGCAAACCAAUUGUAAAACCAAACUGCGAAAAUGGCAGAAAUCCUGUGGAAAUAUUUGAGGAAAACGGAUGCUGCUCCACAUAUGAAUGCGAAUGCUCUUGUAAUGGAUGGGGAGGCUCUCACUAUGUGACAUUUGACGGGCAAGACUACGAUAUUCGGGAAAAUUGUUCUUAUGUUUUGGUCCAAGAAAUCACACCUAACUACAACAACUUCAAGGUCGUCAUAGACUACCAUGACUGUGGCAGUGGCAGCUCAUUUUGUCCACAAUCCUUGACAAUAUAUUACAAAUCUUAUGAGGUUGUCCUUACACAGACGUUAACUGCAAAUGGAGUCCUCAAUAUGGUUAUUGUUAACCAAAAGCGUGUCUACCCCGCUUUCAAAAAUGGAGAUUUCAUCAUCACAAGCACAGGCUUGGAGACUGUGCUAGCAAUCCCAUUGAUUGAGGCUCAGGUGACCUACACCGGAUCCUCCUUUGGCAUAGACCUGCCCUUCUCUCUUUUCAAAAACAAUACCGAGGGACAGUGUGGUACCUGUGAUAACUCAAAAGAGAAUGAUUGCCGUUCACCUGAUGGCCAAGUUACAGCUUGCUCUGUGACAGCUCACUCCUGGCUAGUCCCCGGUGAGACUUGCGAAAUAACCCCAACCCCUAUCCCAACAUUACCACCUAAGACCACUGCUCCAGUUUGCAAGCCCUCCAUCUGUGAGAUCAUAAACAGUGUAAUAUUUGAGGCAUGCCGGAAGGUGGUUCCUUCAGGGGCGUAUGUGGAAGGCUGCAAAUCUGAUGUGUGUACCAAAACAACAUCUGGCUGUGCCAGUCUACAGGGAUAUGCCUCUGCUUGUGCCCAAGCUGGAGUGUGUGUGGACUGGAGAGACUCUACCAAUGGCGAGUGUGCAUAUAAAUGCCCAGCAACAAAGGUGUACACGGCUUGCGGCCCAUCUGUGGAGCCAACCUGCAACUCCAACUACAACAUCAAGUACAUGGACCUCAUAAGCAGUAACAGUACUGACAUGAAGGAGGGUUGCUCCUGUCCAGUAGGGACAACGCUGUUCAGCACUUACUCUGAUGUCUGUGUCACCUCUUGUGAAUGUACCGGCCCUGAUGGCAACCCUAAAAAGGUAAACGAGACUUGGCAGACUGACUGCAAACAAUGCACAUGUGAGCCUGACACACUGAGCGUCCAAUGUGAGCCAGUCUCAUGUCCUCCGCCAAUCACUGUCACUUGUGACCAGCCUGGGUAUGAAAUUGUCAACAAGACUGAUGGCUGCUGCCAAAGCCAAACGUGUGUGCCCAAAGCUGUCUGUGUACGCGACAACAAAGAGUACCAGCCUGGUGCAGCUGUUCCCACCAACAAUUCCUGUGAGUCCUGUACCUGUGGCUCAACAGUGGACCCCAACACUCAGCUCCAUGCCGUCAAAUGUUAUCCUCUUCUCUGCUUUGUAAACUGUCCGGAGACCCAUGUAUACCAGCCAGUUCCCGGAGAGUGUUGUGGCACAUGCGUACCAAGCAGCUGUGUGGUUAAACUCCCAGAUAACACUACACACAGCAUCCCAGUUAACGAGACAUGGUCGCCUACUUAUGACAAAUGUAUAACCUACAAAUGCGAAAAUCAUGAUGGAUCACUUGAGGCUGUGAAAUCCACCAAGGUGUGCCCUUCGUUCAACCCAGACAACUGUGUCCCAGGAACAGAGACAACAGAUGCAGAUGGCUGCUGCAAGACCUGUACCCUGCGCAGUACCUGUAAUGUUCAGACGAACAGUACCAAACUGACCUACCUUGGCUGUACCACCUCAGAGAACGUAGAGCUCACCUCCUGUGCAGGCUCCUGUGGAACAUCAUCCAUAUACUCGGCACAGGCCAACGGACUGGUGCAUUCUUGCUCUUGUUGUCAGGAGGAGACUACGCAGAAGAAAGUUGUGGAGCUGAUCUGCCCUGAUGGCAAAAGAGUUCUAUACUCCUACAUCUACAUUGAGUCGUGUGCUUGCAAUGCCACAGACUGUGGUGGAAAAUCCACUUCCUCCUCAAAACUGCGUAGAAGGAGAAGAUGAAAUCCUUCUAGUGCAUUACAAAUGUGAUGUGCAGCCGGUUUUAAAGGAAAUGUUUUAAAGUGUUACUACGAGGUAGUAUAAGUGUUUAUUUUGUCUUAUCUAUUUUAGCCCCUGAAGCAUCAUGUUUCUAUAUGAAGUACCCUCUACGUUUGUCUCUUGCCUUUUCUUUAUCAAUAAACUUAUUGCAACUCAAAAGCAA